AGAUAUGUAUUAAUAUAAAGUACAAAGCCACACAUAAACCUAGAUCAACUGGUAUUUACUAAAUUACACUUGACACAAUUAACCCCAAAGGCACACCCUUCAUUCAUCAUUCACAAUCACCAUGGUCAGGAUCUGUUGCUAUUUUAGUGUAGUAAUUGUCUUAAUGAAACACUAAAAUAUCUGGUUUAAAGAUUGGGUGUUCACUAAAGCAUAGCCAUAUUCUGUUUAUAUUCCAAAGUGACUAGUGAUACACUUGGUGGCAGUUUUCUAACUCAAACUAAGUCAGUGUGUGAGUGUGGACACAGUUAUGGUCAUGAUGAGUAAAAGGCGGAGGGGUUUGUUAAACUUUUUGUUGCCAUCAAGACGAAAGAGGGGACUGUGCCUGUUGGCCAUUGCUUGUUUAUUUCUGUGGGGUUUGAUAUCACUGCGCAAAGGAGAUGAGAAAACCAAGGAGAUGGAGGACCGCAGGGAGGUACACAAGGCUCCUCCGGUCCCACAAUUCUAUGAGCAGCUGAAGAGGCCAGUGUAUGAAAAACCACCCUUGGAUCCCAAUGCCUUGGGUGAAUUUGGACGAGCUGUGAAACUUAACUUGUUUGGGAAAGAAAAAGAACUGGAGGAAGAGAGCAUCAAGAAGCACCAAAUCAACAUCUACCUCAGUGACAAGAUCUCCCUACAUCGCCGGCUGGAGGAGAGGUGGAAUCCAAAGUGUAAAGAUGUGAAAUAUGACUAUUACAAGAUGCCUAAAACUUCGGUUGUAAUUGCCUUUUACAACGAGGCUUGGUCUACACUGCUGAGGACAGUCCACAGUGUCCUGGAAACCUCUCCAGACAUGCUCUUGGAAGAGGUCAUAAUUGUUGAUGAUUACAGUGAUAAAGAGCACCUAAAGGAACCUUUGGAAAAAUAUGUAUCUUCUCUGAAUAAGGUUAGACUUGUUCGCGCAAAUAAGAGAGAAGGCUUAGUACGAGCUCGUCUUCUAGGUGCUUCAACAGCCAAAGGAGAAGUCUUGACCUUUUUGGAUUGCCAUUGUGAGUGCCAUGAAGGCUGGCUGGAGCCGCUGAUGGAAAGGAUUCGGGAAAAGGAAACGGCUGUGGUUUGCCCAGUUAUUGAUGUUAUUGACUGGAAUACAUUUGAAUAUUUGGGCAAUGCUGGAGAACCACAGAUUGGAGGUUUUGAUUGGAGGUUGGUCUUCACUUGGCACACUGUCCCAGAAAGAGAACAACAGCGAAGACGGUCAUCCAUUGAUGUCAUCAGUUCACCGACCAUGGCUGGUGGGCUGUUUUCUGUGAGUAAGAAGUACUUUGAAUACUUAGGUUCUUAUGAUACUGGAAUGGAAGUUUGGGGAGGUGAAAACCUUGAGUUCUCAUUUAGGAUCUGGCAGUGUGGGGGCAGUCUUGAAGUCCACCCAUGUUCACAUGUGGGUCAUGUCUUUCCUAAACAAGCCCCAUAUUCCCGUAGUAAAGCAUUGGCAAACAGUGUUCGAGCAGCAGAAGUAUGGAUGGAUGAAUUUAAAGAUCUCUACUACCACCGCAACCCACAUGCCCGAUUGGAGCCCUAUGGAGAUGUAACGGAGAGAAGACAACUUCGAGACAAUCUGAAAUGUAAAGAUUUUAAAUGGUUCCUGGAGAACAUUUACCCAGAAAUUCAUGUUCCUGAGGAUGUUCCAGGCCAAUUUGGAAUGCUGAAGAACAAAGGGAUGAUCAAUUACUGCUUUGACUAUAAUCCUCCAAAUGAACAUGAUGUCACAGGACAGAAGGUCAUUUUAUAUCCUUGUCAUGGAAUGGGUCAAAAUCAGUUCUUUGAAUACACGUCAUAUAAUGAAAUACGCUACAACACCCGACAGCCUGAAGGCUGUGUCACAGCAGAUGCAAAUACAGACCAUCUAACAAUGUAUUUAUGUCGGGAAAAUGGUCAAAAAGUUCCUGAAAAUCAGGAGUUUAUUUUCAGAAAGGAUGGUAGUUUAUUCCAUCAACUAACAGAGAGGUGUGUGCAAGCUGAGCGAAACUCCGAAAAUGGAAACUCAGAACCUGUAUUACGACCAUGUUCCGACACAGACUACCAGAAAUGGUUUUUCCAGGAGAGGAGCUGAGCUAAAAGGAGAUAAUCAGAAAUUUAAACUAAUCACUGGAUGAUUUUAUUUUUUAAAUUAAAUAUAUUUUAUUUUAUGGUGUUGCUGGCAAACAUUUUCCUUUUUAUUGGAAUAAAUGUUGGGAUCAUUAAAUUUGUUUAUUUUCAUGCUCACAACAGUACUAUUUAAAUAGAUCAGGAGGUUGAAGGCUUUAACAAGUCAUGUUUGUGUUCAUAACAAGCUUCUAGUUAAUUUAGAAAAAUAUCUAAACUCCUUUAUAUGGACCAGCUUCUAGGAUUUUCUCCUCAGCCACUUUAGCACAGAACGUUUUUGUUCUGUUCACAAGAUAAACCUGUGUCCCUGGUGUUAUGUGCCUUUUAACUUGAUUGAGUGGAGGUGGGAUUUUUAAAGUUAUUGACAACACACAUGUCAGUAGGUAUGCCAUAUUUAACAGUAGAUCAUGUAAUAUCAUUGUGGUUGGAAUGAUGGUAAUUUUAUAAUUUGCUGCAUGAGUGUCAAUACAUAUUGAUUUAUUUGGGGGUACAAAAAGAGAGGUCUGAAGCAAGUGAGGAACUUUUUGAACUUCGGGAUAUGAGAAACAAUUGGCUUUCAAUGUUAAAGCCCCUUGAGAUAAGUGAGCAACCUGUAACGUCACUAGUUAACUGUAAAUUGUUUCUUUUUAUUCAAAAUAACCAAACUCUAAGAAACGAAAUCCACUUCUGAAAACACCAUAUGCUUGGGUAAAUCAGUACCACAGUUUUAAGGCAAAGCUGUUUUUGUAGUUAGGUUUUAUAUGCCUUAAAUUGUAUUUACUCUUAGUUUGUUUAUAUACAUAUUUAAAAGAAUAUAUGAUCUAGAGUUGAAUAAGUAUUCUUUAUAAGAAAGCAAACAUUGAAAGAUCCUACUGAGGACCCAGGUGUAGAAGUUCUGAAUCUGUUGCAGGUAUUUGUGUCAUGAAC